UAAAACAUAAAUAAUUUUAUAUUUAUUUGAAAUUUUUCAAAAGAAACUCGUGAAUCUUACUCUAGGCCCCGAAAAAACGUUCCUCCAAGACGAAAAAAAAUUAUAAAAAUAAAAAUAAACUUACAUUUUCUGUGAAGCACCAAGCCGGAUUAGAAACAAAAAACCUACCCUGAAUAACAACCGCAACACAAAGACAGAUACAACAUACAUGGAGCUCUGGUUCGAACACAUGGCACAGGGAAAAAACUAAGAAAUUCAGGGCAAAUUGUUCUGUGAUACUAACAUUUUCGAACCCAAACCACCUCGGAAUGUUGAACUUUUUGAUUUGAAAAACCCAUUCAAAACAAAACCUAUUACUGAAAUAGAAAUUUAAAGUGUGAAACAAAUAAGCUGAAAAUGUCGGGUGCAAAUCUUCGCUUCGGAGUGACCAGCGCGGAUACCCAAAACCGGACGUUCGAAUGUCACCCCGGCGGAGUGACAUCAGCAACCAUCAUUCUUUCGCUGGGGUUCCUAGGCAUGGCCGCCAACAUCGUUCUCAUGGCUCUUCUCGUCGUCAUGAAGAAUCUCAGGAGAUGGUCACAAGGCCUCCUCUUCCACCAAGCCCUAGUGGACUGCCUGAGGGCGGCCAUCUUGGUACCGUUGGGCCGGUCCAUCUACGACUGCCAGCCGGUGGCCAAAUGCUCGCUGGUGGAGACAGCGUUCCUGCUACUAGUGACCGUGUCUACCAUCAAUAUGCUAACUACGGUAGUCAGUCAAGUUCUGAACGACGCGCCGCUCCUGCCGGAGGACACGGACCAGAAAGCCAUGCCCCUGAUGAUGGAGUCACCACAGUGCGUUCUCUUCGGCACCUCCAUGAUCUGGUUCGCCUCCAUCACCAUCAACCUGGGGCCUACAUUCCUCUCCGGGGCCCUCGCUGCCAACAUCGAUGAGGUGUACCACUCCCCCUCGUGCCCCAUCAUCAUGGGCCCGCUGCGCCACUACGUGCUCAACGUGCUGUGGAUCAUCACCAACCUGCUGGUGGUGCUGCUCACCGUCUUCCACCUCGUCAAGCUCUACAGGGACCUCAGCACCUCGUCCCUGGAGGCCGUCCGUGUCGCUUCCCUCGUCACCACCAUGAUCAGCGUCACCCAGGACCCCGAGGCGCGUGAACACCGUCAGGUGAAGAGCUACAUCGCGCGCAUGGAGAAGGAGGGCGUGGAGAGGGUGAAGAUGUUCGUGGUGGUGGUGGUGAUGUACCUCGUGUGCUGGGGCCCUCUCUUCCUGGUUACCCUCAUGACCCCUGCUGUGGACAAGCCGGGCCUCAGUCAUGACGUGACCCUACACAUCGCCUACAUCCACGCGUUCGUGAACCCUGCGCUGUUCCUCGUCCUACAUAAGGGCCUACGUCGCGCCGUAGCCAGCAUCGUCUGCUGCACCUGCUAUCAGGGGCGCGACGAGCCCCCCAGCCCCGACCCUGCCGACAGCCUCGCGUCAGACGCCGCCAUCACCGUGGCAGGUGGCUUUGGUGGACGUGGCAUGAACCUGGCUGGCGGUGGCAUGGCCUUGGGUGGCGGUGGCUUGACACUGGGCGGCGGUGGCAUGACACUGGGUGGCGGUGGCAUAACCCUGGGUGGCAGUGGCAUGACACUGGGUGGCAGUGGCAUGGGCGACGACAGCGUGGCAAGCGUCAACACCCACUUCGCGAGCCUCGAGCGAGCUGGUUAUGUGCUGAAGGAGGUGCAGGGGUCACCGGGUGCAACGGGCGGCGGAGGGGCACAGGUCAAGGGCAGGGAAACUGUCCUCUGAUACGAGGGGCUGCCUGAGCACCUGCUGGAAAACAGCACCUCAGGCAUGGUCUCUACUAGCAUAUCGUCUCCACGAAUCCAAAAAUCCGACGCCUACAACUCUUCCACCAAACUACAUUCCACCGCCACCUUCUCCCCACCUGUCGCCAGAACUGCAGUUUCAGGCAACACUACCGCUUCCGUUUACGCUCUCCACAACCUUUCGCCACCUCAACUCCACAAACAAUCUUCUUUAUCACUUAAAAAUGCGUCACUAAACUCGCUUACUAAGCCGACGGUUUCCUACAGCGCCCCAGCACCGGCCGCACCCUUUGGCACCAAGUCUAACUACUUCGGAGGGAGUGGUGGUGAUUUGGUCACCGCUAUCCUGAUGGGGGAAACAUCUCUAGAUGGAUUCGACAAUGUAGAAAGUGUCUCGAACAGGGGACUGAACAGGGUUAACAGUGUCGGCAGUCGUCGGAAUUCUCAGGUGUCGGGUCGGAUGUUCGGCCGACAAGGUAAUCGAAUGUCGGUCGCUUCCAUCUUGGGUGGACAACACGGGGAAAUUGAUACGCAUAUGACUCCUCUAGAACACGAGCUCAAAAAAAGGCAGGAGAAAGAGAAAAUGGAGAAACGUAUCACAGAAAUGGUUAUAGGUGACUUUUAUUAGCUAAUAACGUUUAAAUAGCGAUGUUAGUUGAAUACACCUUAAGAAGUGCCCAUAUACGACAAGGAGUGUACUAGUUGUAUACGCGUCUAUUCAUUCGGAAUUUGUUCUCUUCCUUCUGAUUAUGAAUGAAUUGAUGAAAACGCCGUUCCGAGAAGACAAAAUAAGUUGUGCAGGCAAGGUCAUGUCUCACUCUGGAAACACCUAAGGGUUAUGUAUGAUACCCCGUAUCUCGAGAUACGCUAGAGACACUCUGUGGUCAUUAUUGGUACCGUGACUGGAAGACUCAGGAAUCAUGAAUCCGUAGUUCUCAGGUAUCCUAAUUGAAAUCACAAAUGAAUUACUGAGGAGCACAGAAAAAAAUAUUUUAGGUAUCGCAAGAAUCAUCAAUAAACAGGAAGAAGGUUUUAACUCCGCUUAAUAUAAGCAAAUGUAUAAAAACAUUAUACCUACACAUAAAGUACUAGCAUCGGAAUGUGUUGAAUGGUCAAUCAUUGGCCGCUCAUAAUACGCCGGUGAUUAUUAAUAGAUCUAACUUUGCAAUAAAUAAGCAAUUCAAUCAAAACUCAUAAUUGUUGAACUAAGUGUCUAAUGUACAGUGUUGAACUGUGUUGGACUGUGUCAAAUAUCCAAUGUUGAACUGUGUUGGACACAAGCGUUGGACUGAGUUGAACGCAAUUGUUGGACCAUGUGUCAAAAGUACAGUGUUGAACUGUGUUGGAUACAAGUGUUUAACUUUGUUGGACACAAGAGUUGAACUGUGUUGAACUCGACUGUUGGACUAUGUGUCGACUGUAAAAUGCUGGUGAAAUGUUUAACAUUAUAUCUGACUGUGCGUCUAGGGCACUGCGUUGAAUUGUGAGUUUGAUGUACAGUGUUGUACACAAAUGUAGAACUGUGUGUUGAAUUAUCCAAUCAUAUUUUAGCCUCAGUGGAGUAUUUUUCAACAAGUUUUACCAUAAGGAAAGAUGUAUUGCGCUGCAAAGCCAUGUAUUUUAAUUUUACACCACGUUUAAAAAGACUAUAAACAUUCCGGUAGCGUAGAAAUAUAUGUUUUAUGCAAGCAUUUGGCUUAAUUUUUUGUAGUCACUGCAACGCUUCACUCGGUGUUUGUUGUUCUGCAUUCGUAAUUUCUACAUGAUGAACUAUCAGCACGGACUAGCAGAUUUUUAUGCUGCUAGAAAAUCCUUAUAGACUAAGAGCAAUUCAAAGAGUAACCAUUGAGGGUAAUUCACUGAUGAAUAAUCAUUGAAGGGUAGCCAUGGAAGGGUAAAUAUUGAAGAAUAACAAUUGAAGGGUAAUCAUUAGUUCUAGACAAGCUAGACGUCUCAGGUUCUAAGAGGUGCUGCAAAGCUUAGGCCUUCUAAGGCACCUAAGCGUCUUUCCCGAAUAGUGGACAAGCAAAGUAUCCUAUAGAGUUCUCUGAUUGGCUAGGAUGCCUAUACCUUGUGGUAUACCAAGAAAUCCUAUAGCAGCCUAGAGGGGUCUAUAGAGGGGCCAUCAAGGUAUCGUGUAAGAUGCGUGCCUAUUGGACUACCGAGGUAUCCUCGUGCAUCCUACUAGCCCAUGAAACUAAACCUCAAGGUCCACCGAGGUAUCCUAGAGCACUCUACUGGGAUAUACGUCCAAAGCACAUAGACCACCUAUAGGUAUCCUAGAAUGUGCUGCUGCUGCUGAUUUUCGUGUAUGUUUGGCACUGCUUUUAAUUUGUGUGUGUUGUUGUUAAAUGUUGCAUGGAAAUAACAUUCGUCACAAGCUUUCUACGGCAAUUUACGAAUUAGAAUGCUUAUACAUUUUAUAUUUAUAUUUAUACUACCAAAAGAUAAUCUAUCCUAAAUGUAGAAUAAUAAUUGGAGUUAAAAUGUAUAGUACCAGUCACACUGUGGGACAGUGGCCGUGAUCGCAACUGAUGUCGAAAAAUAUAGCUUCUAAAUCGUCUAAGGACGAUUACGUUAGAUUGGUUGAAUUUGAGAUUAGGUUCAGGUCGCUAAGCAAUUUAUAACAAACUUUUCGGCCACUGUAAUACAGUGACCGCAGAAAUGUCGUGCUGUUCCUGUGACGCAUGAUAUGCAAUUGUGCAAUGCUGUUACCGUCAAAAAAUGCUGUAAUAUUUGCUAGAGUAUCCCAACUGAAAUCUAUAUUUAAUCUUUUUGAACAGAAAUUAUUUAGGUUGGCCAUAGCAUAUAUUCAUCGUUUUGAAUGGAAUAAUGUUUUUAAUGUAUUUCUUAAUGUUUGUUAGUGUUAAUCAUGCAGUCCGUCAACAUGCACCUGGUCUCAAGAAUAAAAGUUUCUCGCCAACUAGAAAUUUUACAACAAAAACCAGGCUCCAGUAAUACAUGUGCGAGAACAAUUUUGUAAGUUCAUUACAUCAAGAAAUUUUUCGUGAUUUUUUUGCAAGAAAAUAUUUCCUGUCAAAAGCAAAAAAAUCUGUCAAAGAUUUCUAACAUGUACCAUACGCCCUCAACCUGCUGGAGCCAGCGGCCUAACUUCAAUAUCAAGCAGUUACUUAACUGUAUUCUAAAAGAAAUAUUAGGUUGAAGUCAUUCAAUAUCAUCUUGCUUGCGAACGCAUCACAUUAUUUUAUUUCAUUCAUAACUCAAAUAUAUUUCCUAAUCUAUUCCCCAUCAAUUUACUAUUUCCUUAUCCAUACUCUUUAAUAUAUUCCUAUCCACCUCCAAUCCAUUUACCACAAUAUAUCCCUAUCUAUCCCUUAUCCAUUUACCACAAUAUAUCCCUAUCCACCCCUAUCCAUCUACUAUAAUAUAUCCCUAUCCAACCCCUAUCCAUUUACUACAAUAUAUCCCUAUCCAUCCCAUAUCCAUUUACUGUAAUAUAUCCCUAUUCAUCCCCUAUCCAUUUAAUACAAUAUAUAUCCCUAUCUAUCCCUAAUCCAUUUACUGUAAUUUAUCCCUAUUCAUCCCCUACCCAUUUUCUAAAAUAUCUCAUCGCGUUCUUGCCUAUAACAUAAAUAUUCUAAUAUCUUGCCCUUCAUUCUGCAAGAUCAAUAUUUUAUCCUAUUUCUAUUUAUUACGCAUAUCCUUAUUAUAUCCCUCUCAUCAUCAAAUUUCUUAUAAAUCAAUUUAUUACAUAAAUAUUUAAAUUUUAAGUGAUAUACAAUGGUUAUAUUAGAUUUCAUAAUUAGUGUUUGUUAGGUUAAUUCAUUUUCAAUAUUUGUCACGUUCGUAAUUAUGGUCAAUUACUACCCCUUUUAUUGGCUCUUAAUAAUUGUUAUAAUUGAUAUAUGAUAAAUAUAUUUUCUGGAGGAUGUAAUUGCGAAAUGAUCGACUUCAUGGAAUGAAAUAAUGUAGAAUGAAACGUCGUAGUGACGUUUCAUUCGCAAUUAUGUCACGUCAAUUUAUACGUCGUGCCGCGAUUUUGCUUUAGGAUACAUUUUCUACUAUUAUUUUUUUGGCGUAAUGUGUGGUUUGUGGCUUAUGACACCAUGCACACUAAAGGUAUACUAAAUAUUUUGAACCUUAUAUGUAUUUGUCAUAGUUUAUGGUUGUAAGCAUGCGUGCAGCAAAUAUAUAUAGGGGCGUUUGUUGCUUAGCCCUGAAAAUUUCGUCUCACAAUAGGAAACGGCUUGGAAAAAAGGAGUGAAGAAUCGGAUUGAAAAUUCAAAUUUGAUUUUGUUUUUGUCAAAUAUAAAUUUAACUUAUAAGACACCAAAAUUUUUUUCCCUAUUUUAAACGAGAGUAAAAUGGGAGUCCUAUCUUCUUUGUAAAAUGUUGAUUUGAAAGGAUUUAUAUGUAAUAAAAAUGCAUAAGCUAUAUUAUUAUCAACGUGAUUAAGGAUUACGGCAAUGACAGGAUUUGGGAUGAAAGGAUUCCAAUAUUGCAGGAACAUAUAAUUGUCACGACCGGGCUAACCUAUUAGUAUUUAAUAUAUAACAUAAUUAUUAUGCAGGGUUGACGUCUUUAGAGUAUUUGUUAAAGGAAAGGGAUAUGCAAGUUAUUUAAUGACAAACUGUUGAUAUAUUUUGCAAAGAAUGAUAUCAAGACGACGAGCAUUACUAUACAUAUACUAUAGAACUACAAGUAUAUGGUCCUCAUAUACAUUAUUAUAUGAUACCCGACAACAUGGGUGACAUAUUUUUAAACAGAAAUAAUUAUGCCUCGUCACAUGGCGUCGGACUAGCAAUAGAUUUUAUAUGAUGUUUACUGGGUGUGUAAAGGAAUAAUCUAUUUGUUAUCUCAAAAAUUCUAAGUGUAAAUAAAUGCUCAAUCUAUGAAUGUUGUAGAUUAUUUAUAUAUGUGAAGGUAGGCUUGGAUAUGUACUUUUGGGCUUAGUUAUUACUUUAAUGUGCAGACUUUUUCUUAGUUGUGGCUUAUUGUACGGGGUUUUACAUAACAAUGGCUUAAUGGAUGGAGGGUUUUACUUAAUUAAAGCUCUGUUGAAUAAGGUUCUGGUUAAAUAUGUCUUCAAUGUCUUAAACGAGCCACUAAGGUUGCCAUGGCAGCUACAUGCUAUGAUUAUUAUUUGGUAAUUUUAUUCUUUAAAUAAAUUAUUGAAAAAUA